ACGGCAGGCGCUCACCCACCUCUCGCCCUCUUCCCCGCAGCAGGACCUCGCCAUGUUCGCAUUCAAGAAGCUGCUCGCCUCGACGAUCCUCGCGGUCGUCUGCGCCUCGGGCGCGCUCGCCGCGCCGUGGGACGCGUCCGCCAAGUACGCGACGCACCGCGUCCGCGAGGUGACGCGCGACCUCAAGCUCGAGACGUUCCACCCCGAGUCUACGUACGAGACCUUUGGUGCAGGGAUUGAUCACCCUCUAUCCAAGCGCGCGGACGCGGGCUUCGAGGACGCGGCGGUCGAGUUCGUCGCGGAGAAGCUGAGCGUCCCGGCCGACCAGGUUUCGUACAAGUCGGGCUAUGAGGGGGACGCGCACACCGUCGCAUACGUCAAGCAGCACCAUGAAGGAGUGCCCUUCGCGAACGCCGUCGCGAAUGUCGCGUUCAACAAGGACAACAAGGUCGUGGCGUUCGGGUCUUCCUUCGUGAAGCCAUCUACGAUCGCGGCCUCGACACCGGCCAUCUCCGUCGACGAGGCCAUCGCGAAAGCAGAGGCAGCUCUGGGCGGCAAGUACAACAACUGGCCCGCAUCGCUGGAGUACCUCGCCCAGGCCGACGGGUCCGCCGCGCUCACGCACGUCGUGCAAAUCCAGAACGAAGGCACCGGUGCGUGGUACGAGGCGUUCGUCGACGCGCACUCCGGGGAGGUCCUCUCCGUGACGGACUUUGUCGCCAAGGCGUCGUACAAGGUCGUGCCGAUUCAGGAAGAGGACCUGACGGAGGGGUUCCAGACCCUGACUGACCCCCAAAACACCGCUUCGUCGCCCUUCGGCUGGCACAGCGACGGUACCACCAGCACGACUGUAACUGCCGGUAACAACGUAAUCACCUACAAGGGCAGCACGAGCGGUACCGCCUCGCAGAGCUCCUCGGGUCUCAACUUUAUCUACACGCAGAACCCGAACCAAGCGCCGACCGCCUCCGCGAACCUCAACGCCGCCAAGGUGAACGCGUUCUACGUCGUUAACACGAUGCACGACAUCUGGUACCAGUACGGCUUCACGGAGAAGGCGUACAACUUCCAGAACAACAACAACGGCAAGGGCGGCGCGGGGAACGAUCGCGUGACGGUGUCUGUACAGGACUCGGCGGGGACGGAUAAUGCGGAUUUCUCGACUCCCGCGGACGGGCAAUCUGGACACAUGAGAAUGUUCCUCUGGGACUACACCAACCCCGAACGUGAUGGUGCACUCGAGAACGACAUCGUCGUCCACGAGAACACACAUGGGCUCACGAACCGUCUGACCGGCGGCGGUACCGGCCGCUGCCUGCAGACCACCGAGGCUGGUGGCAUGGGUGAGGGAUGGUCGGACGCCAUGGCUGAAUGGACGGAGCACAGCGACUCGUCCGUGCCCGACUAUGUGAUGGCUACCUACGUCACCAACGACGGGGCAGGGAUCAGAAACUAUCCCUAUUCCACAUCUGCGUCCACCAACCCGUUGAGGUACUCGAGUAUUAAGAGCCUCAACGAGGUCCACAAUAUUGGAGAGGUUUGGGCAAACAUGCUCCACAACGUCUACGCAGCUUUAGUCUCAGCCCAUGGAUACUCGAACACAGCUAGGACCGACGCUAGUGGCACUGCCGGAAACAACAUCUUCCUGCAUCUCUUCAUCGAUGCUUUGGCUCUACAGCCUUGCAACCCUACUUUCCUGACCGCCCGUGACGCUUGGAUCCAGGCGGACGCCAACCGCUACGGCGGAGCCAACAAGUGUAUACUCUGGAAGGCCUUUGCCAGCCGUGGGCUGGGCGUCAAUGCAAAGAGCUAUACCGACGAUUCUUCCGUUCCUUCCGGGUGCUAGAGGUUGGAUAGAUGAUGACACUCCGAUUGGGAAUUGAUAGGCUAUUUGUCGGUAAAUGGGUCAUAUAAGGGAAACAAAAGUGUAUUCACUACUCAAUUUGAUUGAAUGGAUUGUACGAGUGGCGUACCCGAACAAAGACCAUGACAUCAGUGCG